UGUAGAAAGCAUCAAAUGUGGCAUUACCUAGAAAUUCUAAUGCUCUGAAAUGUGGGGCCCCACCUGUAUCUUGAUGAAAGUUCUCCAAAAUAUGUAAUCCUCUCUGAUGGGAGGAAAUGUGAAGGUUCCUUAAACCAUGGCAUCAUAAAAAUAUACUUAUAAUAAUUAAUUACUGACCCGAUUUCAAAAGGUUGUGAAGACCAUCCAUCCAAACACCCGCCUGAAGAACGGAUCAAGAAAUCAGGUAUUUCUGUAAAACUUUCCCCGGUUUUUAAAUUCGCCGGAAUGUCUAACAUCCAGUGUAAGAAAUUUUACUCACCUCGCUUGGAAAAAUUCUGACUGAUGGAAUGGAGAGACUCCCAGGAGACCUGAUAAGCAUUAUCGACCAAAGUAUCAACGACGAAUGGUUGGAUGCCAGUAGGAAGUCUUUGGGACCCUCGGAUUCCGUCGUGUUUUCUGUAACAUUGUCCACCAAGGAUUCAAACCUCCAACUUCCAGGUGGUGCACACGCGGUGAACUCAAAUCACAAGCUCAAUGAGCCCGAGAACCAGCAGAGGCACCAUGGCGACAAGAGGCCGGAUAAUGAUGGCAAGAACAAGCACCAGCAUGUGCCACACCAUCAAGAGGACGACCACAAGAAGGGAAACCACAUUAAGCAUAACCAGGAUGGCGAAAAGGGACACCACGGCAAGAAGCCACAUCCUCAGGAUGAGGAAAAGGGGUCCAAAGCUGAGCACCACAAACUGAACAAUCACAGCAGUCAUCCUGAUCACCCAAAAGUUUCCCCGGAAUGCAAGCAGAAAUCUGCGCAGUACACUCUGCCGAAAACAGGAUUUCGGAAAAACCCCGAUUUUGUGGAGCCCACUGACAAGGCAACACCCGCAUUGACCCACCACCAGCACCAGCACAUACGAGACAGUCGCCAAGACUCAGAAACCACCAGGGAGUUGAAAAUCAAAGAGUUCUUUCGACGGGUCAUGUUCAAGGGCUCCAUGCGGUUUCACGAGAAUUACAAUCGACCCCAAACCUCGUCUUCCAAAUCCAAAGCCCACACAUUGUCAAACUUUUACAUCAAACACUAUGUUGCCGCGGGGGCUUUUGGCACAGUGGUUUUGUGCCAGGACAAGGCGACCAAAAGGCACCUGGCCAUGAAGAUUCUGGUCAAGGAAAAGAUUGUGAACCGGCUGAAGCUCAAUGAGCCCGAGAACCAGCAGAGGCACCAUGGCGACAAGAGGCCGGAUAAUGAUGGCAAGAACAAGCACCAGCAUGCGCCACACCAUCAAGAGGACGACCACAAGAAGGGAAACCACAUUAAGCAUAACCAGGAUGGCGAAAAGGGACACCACGGCAAGAAGCCACAUCCUCAGGAUGAGGAAAAGGGGUCCAAAGCUGAGCACCACAAACUGAACAAUCACAGCAGUCAUCCUGAUCACCCAAAAGUUUCCCCGGAAUGCAAGCAGAAAUCUGCGCAGUACACUCUGCCGAAAACAGGAUUUCGGAAAAACCCCGAUUUUGUGGAGCCCACUGACAAGGCAACACCCGCAUUGACCCACCACCAGCACCAGCACAUACGAGACAGUCGCCAAGACUCAGAAACCACCAGGGAGUUGAAAAUCAAAGAGUUCUUUCGACGGGUCAUGUUCAAGGGCUCCAUGCGGUUUCACGAGAAUUACAAUCGACCCCAAACCUCGUCUUCCAAAUCCAAAGCCCACACAUUGUCAAACUUUUACAUCAAACACUAUGUUGCCGCGGGGGCUUUUGGCACAGUGGUUUUGUGCCAGGACAAGGCGACCAAAAGGCACCUGGCCAUGAAGAUUCUGGUCAAGGAAAAGAUUGUGAACCGGCUGAAGAUUCGUCAUUUGAUGCGAGAGCGAGACAUUCUUCGCUCUGUGGAAUUCCCCUUUAUUGUGUACUUGUUGCACAGCUUUAAAGACAAUGCUUGUCUUUACAUGGUCAUGCGGUUUUGUCCUGGAGGAGACCUGUUUUUGCUGCUUAGGAGACACCGACGCUUUGAUGAAGGCGUAGUCAAGUUCUACGCUGCUCAAGUACUGUUGGGACUGGAGUACCUUCACAGUUCGUCAGUGGUUUACAGGGACCUGAAGCCCGAGAAUCUAAUGGUGACCGAAACUGGGUACAUUAGAAUCUCAGACAUGGGGUUUGCCAGGCUACUAAAGGGCUACCAGAGGGCGUGGACUUUUUGCGGUACAGCGGAGUACAUGCCACCGGAAAUCAUUGACAACAUCGGUCAUGCAUUUCCCGCUGAUUGGUGGUCAUUCGGGAUCCUGCUUUAUGAGCUCGCAACGCAAGGGAUCGACGCCAUUUUCGGAUCCAGCCAAGGAAAAAAUCUAUUCAAAAAUCUCCGAAGGAAUAUAUUCAUUGCCUGGGUAUUUCAGCAAACACCUCAUCCAUCUGAUAAGGAACUUACUCCAAGCAGAUCCCACUCGAAGAUACGGAAAUCUUCGCAAUCACGUCGACGACAUCAGAUUUCACCCGUGGUGGAAAAAUUUGGAUUGGAAAGGAAUCUAUUCGCAGAAAGUGAGGGCACCUUUCAAACCCCUUGUGCCGCCAAACAUGUUAAUAACAAGAAACAUACUCUGUCGGCGAAUAUCCCGCCGGAAGAAUUAAGCUGCUAA